GUUUCCCUUUCCUUGUGUUAAACCCUCAUUUCUUCUCUCCCUUUCUCCCCUGCAAAUGUCUCAAGUCUUCUCAAAAUCUCCCCAACACUGUGCAGAGAAAGAAAGACUCAGCAUCGACAAGUUCUACAAGAAGAAGAAGUUGUUUUUCACUCUCUCUUCAUCUUUCACCAUACUUCUAGCUGUAAUCUUACUCUUCUGGCUCAUCCUCCACCCUGCAAAACCAGAGUUCUUCCUCAGGGAGGCCGAUAUCUACCAGUUUAGUCUCUCCGGCCCUCACCUUCUCAAUUCCUCCAUCCAACUUACCCUCUUAUCCAAAAACCCCAAUCAAAAAGUUGGCAUUUACUACGAUGAGUUACAGGCUUAUGCUGCUUAUAAAGGGCAACAGAUAACUCUGGAUACUUCUUUUCCUCCUUUCUACCAGGACCAUGGAGAAAGCAACCUGUUAACGGCAUCUUUGGAAGGAACAGGGCUGCCGGUGGCUUCCUCAUUUGAAUAUGAACUGCGACGUGAUCAGAUUGCCGGAAGACUCGUCCUGAACCUGAAAUUGAACGGGAAACUGAGGUGGAAGGUGGGGACUUGGGUUUCAGGGCGGUAUAGGUUCAACGUUAACUGCGUCUCUGUUAUGACGUUUGUACCGACCGUCCAGACAGGUCCUUUGAGCUCAAGGCAAGGAACUCAGUGUUCUACUUCUCUGUGAAAACUGCUAACCUUCACAUGCUUAGCAGGUAUAUCUAAUAUAGGUUUGUAUUACAUAAUUAAUAGGUUGCUGCUUUUAAGUGGUUGUAAUUAAUUUAUCGUAAGAUUGAAAGAUUGUAUCCUUGUAAGUGAUAAUGAAAAGGAUUUGAUUAA